CCUGGGUUUCUUGGGAGGGCCUUCGGCUGGGGCUUGUGGGGUUUCGGCUCGGACUGUAGGGGUCGCUGGGCUGCAGGCUUCGAAGCCGGUAGCGUCGCGCUUAGGCCAGCGGGGAGUCCAGGGUACCCGCGGUGGGGUGUGGUGGGCGCCGACGGACCUGGCCAGAGCGCGGAGGAGCUGGGUCUAGGCCGGGACCCAGUCUUUCGGAGGAGUUGGGGACCCUGUGGCAUCCUGACGGUGCUCCUUGUGCGGCGAGUCGGUCGGGAGGAGUCCGCACGCCGCCUCUGGGUGGCCCACAGCCCUUUUUCCUGAGACUUCGUUCCCUCGGCCCCCUUGGUUCUUAUCUCUUUGGGACGUUAUCUUUGAGGUCGGUUUUCUAAAGCAAUGCCUCCCGCUGGUGGCAUCGUGGAUGUGCUCGGCUGAGAGCCCUGGCCUGGUUCCGUUGACAGGCUGGGACCCUGUGGCCGCACCCGGGGAGCCUAUUGCAACUUGAUGCUGAGUGGAACUACAGGAUGAAGAGGAAGGUAGCUUUCUCCUGAAGAUAAACGUGAGAGCUGUAACUGAGAGCUGCGGUGUCCUGCAGGAAAUGACCAAGUCCACAGGUCCUGCUUCCCCACAGUGAGCUGUUCUUGCAAGAUAAGAAAGGAGUUCUUGGAGCCAAGAAUUCAUUCUCAGUGUGGAAGACCGAGCCAGGACCGCACACCAGAGCUGCACAGCGCAAGCAGAGGAAACGCAAAGGGGAUUAGAAGUGUGUAAGCCUCCCAAUGAAAUAGAAGAAAAUAGAGAAAUUGGGGGCCCUGGCCCUGUGGCUUGCUUGGAGCAUCGUCUUGUGAUGUAGAGGUUGUGGUUUGAUUCCUGACCCGGGCACAUGCCCAGGGUGCAUAUCCUUCCCCCCGGCGCUGUAUCUGCUUGGGAGCCAUUCUCAUUUGAAGAUCUGUCUGUGGACUUCACCCAGAAGGAAUGGCAACUGCUGGACCCGUCUCAGAAGGACUUAUACAAGGAUGUCAUGUUGGAGAACUAUAGCAGCCUGGUGGCACUGGGGUAUGAAUUUAUGAAACCUGAUGUCAUCUUCAAGUUGGAACAAGGAGAAGAGCCUUGGAUAGGAGAUGGAGAGAUUCCAAGGUCAGACUCUACAGAACAAGUCUUGCAAGUAAAUGGUCACAUGAUGUGGCACCAGGAUAACCAGGAGAAGCUUAAAAAUGUGAAACAAGAUUACGAAUGUGAUACAUUUGGAAAAAAUUUCAAUCUGAGCAUAAACCUUGUUCCUUUAAGGAAGUCAAAUGAUGAAGGUGAUGUAGAUGGAUUAAUUUUAAAACAUAAUUUAGACUUACUUCUUCCAAAAGUUGAUUAUAAAAAAACAGAACCAGGUGACUUAAAUGUAUUUGAUAAAUUGUUUCUGCAUAGCAAGACUGAAGAAGAAACUGAUACUUGGUUAAAAUACUAUGAGUGUGAUAAAUAUGACAAAAUUAUCUAUAAAAAGUCACAGAUUAUUAUAUAUCACAGAAAUCGUUUAGGGGAGAAGCUUUACGAAUGCAGUGAAUGUAGGAAACGCUUCAGUAAGAGAUCGAGUCUCAUUAAACACCAGAGCAGACAUGUAAGAGAGUUAGCCUACGGCUGUGGUAAAUGUGGCAAAACCUUUCCCCAGAAGUCACAGUUUGUCACACACCACAGAACUCAUACAGGAGAGAAACCUUAUAAUUGUAGUCAGUGUGGGAAAGCCUUCUCCCAAAAGUCACAGCUCACAUCCCAUCAGAGGACACACACAGGAGAGAAGCCAUAUGAAUGUGGUGAAUGUGGGAAAGCCUUCUCCCGGAAGUCACAUCUUAUAUCGCACUGGAGGACACAUACGGGGGAAAAACCCUACGUAUGCAGCGAAUGUGGCAGAGCCUUUAGUGAAAAAUCAAAUCUCAUUAAUCAUCAGAGAAUCCAUACAGGAGAGAAACCCUUUGAAUGCAGAGAAUGCAGGAAGGCUUUUAGCAGGAAGUCACAGCUUGUUACACAUCACAGGACUCACACAGGAACCAAACCUUACGGAUGUACUGAUUGUAGAAAAGCCUUUUUUGAGAAAUCAGAGCUCAUUAGACACCAGACAAUUCACACUGGAGAGAAGCCCUAUGAAUGCGGCGAAUGUCAGAAAGCCUUUAGAGAGAGGUCAAGUCUCAUCAAUCAUCAGAGAACCCACACAGGAGAGAAACCUCAUGGAUGCAUUCAAUGUGGGAAAGCCUUCUCCCAGAAGUCACAUCUGAUAUCACAUCAGAUGACACAUACGGGGGAGAAACCCUUUGUAUGUAGUAAGUGUGGGCGGGCCUUCAGCAGGAAAUCUCAGCUCGUUAGACAUCAGAGAACUCACACAGGAGAGAAACCCUAUGCCUGCAGUGAGUGUGGGAAAGCUUUCAGUGAGAAAUUAAGCCUCACUAAUCAUCAGAGAAUUCACACAGGAGAAAAGCCCUAUGUGUGCACUGAGUGUGGGAAAGCCUUUUGUCAGAAGUCACAUCUCAUAUCACAUCAGCGGACACACACAGGAGAGAAACCCUAUGAAUGCACUGAAUGUGGGAAAGCCUUUGGAGAGAAGUCAAGUCUUGCAACUCACCAGAGAACUCAUACGGGAGAAAAACCCUAUGAAUGCAGGGACUGUGAAAAAGCCUUCUCCCAGAAAUCUCAGCUCAAUACUCAUCAGAGAAUCCACACAGGAGAGAAGCCUUAUGAAUGCAGUCUUUGUAGGAAAGCUUUCUUUGAGAAGUCAGAGCUAAUUAGACAUCACCGAACUCAUACAGGAGAAAAACCUUAUGAAUGCAGUGAAUGUAGAAAAGCCUUCAGGGAGAAAUCAAGUCUCAUCAAUCAUCAGAGAAUACAUACAGGAGAGAAACCCUUUCAGUGCAGUGAAUGUGGCAAAGCCUUCUCUCGGAAAUCACACCUGAUACCACAUCAGAGGACACAUACAGGAGAGAGGCCCUAUGGAUGCAGUGAGUGUAUGAAGGCGUUCUCUCAGAAGUCUCAGCUUGUUAAUCAUCAGAGAAUUCAUACUGGAGAGAAACCUUAUCAGUGUAAUGAAUGUGGGAAAGCCUUCUCCCAAAAGUCACAGCUCAUUAAUCAUCAGAGAACUCAUACAGUAAAGAAAUUAUAGACAUUGACUUAAUACUAGUCUUUGAAAGAGACCUUAACUCAUUGUACUUCAGAAAUUGCAGUUGGUAAGUCAGAUAAUAGAUCGCAUUAUAUAUGUCAGGAAGGACAUAUAUAAUGGGUAGGAACUCUAAAUGAGGUUAUGUCGGGAAACCUUUCAUCAGAUUGACAUGUUUAUAUAUCAGAAUUCAUAGAGAGGAAUGAGCCCAUGAAAUGCAGCGUGUGUCCAAAGGCUUUCAAACUAUAGUUACACCUUAUGCAGUAGAAAAUUAACAGUGAAGAGGAAUACUGGGAAUAUUAGAAAGCCUUCCAGAGGGCAAAUCUCAUUGGCUGUUAGAAAUACUCCCACUGGGGGUAAAUCCUAGUCCAGUGAGUGAAGGAAACCCCCCUGAAUGUGGCACUUGAGGUAAUAUUUUUAUUAAGAAAUGAUAGCUUGUUGUACAUAAGAAAAUGCCUUCAGGAAUGAAAUUUUAUCAAGACACUUAAGUAUGGGACAGUCUUUAGCAAGUAAUCCAAUCAUACUGUAUUUUGGACAAUUCAUAUUAUGGGUAAACCUAACAAUUUAAAGACGUUGGAAACGUGUGCCCUAGAGAUAAUGCUAUAAAGGGAAGCCAUGUAAUUUUUGUAUGCAGUUCUACCCAAUUCUAAAUGGUUAAAAGGUCUUCACUCUGAAGUAUGGAAUUUUGAAUAUAUGUGAAUAAACUGAAUCAUUGAAAAAUCUAAAUAAGGGAUUUCUUAGUGGUGUUUGUGGCUUACUUUCCU